GACAGAGCUGGCGGCGGAAGUGCUAGAAGUCCGCCAGUCCCGCGGCGAGCCCCGCUUCCGCUCUGAACACGUCCCGAGUUCAGACUCGUCUCCAAACACACACGAAGCUCACUCGGGAUCGUCCGGUGUGAGCUUGAACACAACCUCAUUUAAAUAAGCGAAUUUAAAGUGUUGCAGAAAUAAAGGGAUUAAGGAGCGCGUAAUGUUUACACUCUUCGGCAGGCCACGGGACGUACCAUUACCCCGCGAGCGUAGGGGUUGUUAUUCUCUAAACGAGACUUAUAAUAACGGAUUAAUAACGCUCUGUUCGCUUUAGCUCGGUGUGUUUACGAUGUUGUAAUCCAGUCGUGCGUGAAAACGUGUCGCUCGUAUAAAGUUCAGUAUCGGACGCGACCCCCCCCGCGCGUUGUUUUGGUCGCGUCUCUGAUCCGUGAUUCCGGCUCGAUUGCGUUUCCUGCGGCGAGAAAAAAACGCGUGUUUAUUGACUGACGCGUUCGGUUCGUGAUAGCAGCUGAUUGGUGGGUGUGUGUCUGUCUGUCUGUCAGUCUGUCAGUCAUGUCGGAGUCAGACGCGGUCGAUUCGUUUCUCCCCCCUCCGUCGUGUGAAGACGCCGGUCUGUUCUCGGAAUCGCGAAGGUCGUGGUUUCAGACGCGAUCGUGACCGCCGCCGAGCGGAAUGAUCGAGCGCGCGCGCGCCCGGGCCGGCCUGCGUGACGUCACGCGACUUCGUCGUCUGUCCCUGGACGGAUCGCACGCGCUGUCGCGUCACUCAGUCUGACGGUCCGAGGCGGCAUGGACCUCGAUUUCUACUCGGAUCUGUCGGGCGGAACCGGGCGGCCCGGUGACCCGGAGUUCUUGGAUGCUCGGGCGUUUAACGGAUUUGACGCCGUUCAGAAGUUCCCGGGAGGAAGUGACAGCUACCUGGCCAUCAGCGGCGAGCCGCAUCACUUCCUGAGCUCCUCAGAGGUGCGGCUGUCCUCCAGCUUCCCCGCCGAGACGUUUCACACACCCAGUCUGGGCGAUGAGGACCUGGACCUGGACCCGGACUCGGCGCUGGGCGUCUCUGACGUGUCUGAUUUCGGAGAGCUGGGUGACGGAGGGCCGGCCGGGGUUCCCGGGAACGCUGUGGUCGGAGGAAAUGACCCGUCGUUCGCCUCCACCUUCGUCAACGCUCCGGCACAGAGUCUGGAGCACCUGAGUCUGAUGAGCCAGCAGAGCGGAGGAGCCAUGCUGGGGUCAGCACUGGGCAUGGUUUCUGAGGAAGCCAAUGCUAAUAUCUCGGAUGCCUUGAGUGAGGCAGAGCUGUAUAAGGCCCUUCAAGGAAUGGACGACUACAAACUGCUAUCCAAGGUGCUUGCAAGUCGGUUGGCAGGGGUGAUGUCGUGUGUUAUCCAUUCUGAUCAGACCUACUGUGUUCCUGGCAGAUCGAUAUUUGAUAAUGUUUCUUUAAUUCGUGAUGUGUUUGAGGUCUCCAAGUUUAGUAGUUCUUCUCCGAUGACCAUCGAUGUCCCUCUGAGCGACAUGAACCACGGCCUGCUGGGACACAACCAACUGACCACCAUCGACCAAUCAGAGCUCAGCGCGCAGCUGGGCCUCAGCCUGGGCGGCGGCACCAUCCUGCUGUCUCUCGCUCCACAGUCACUCUGACCUCUCUCUCUCUGUCCUCUCUCUCCCGGGUCACCGUCGACUCUCUGCUCUCUCUCUCUCGACAUGGUCGACUUCAGACGGAGUGUUCUGGUGGACUCUCCGGUGUCUCUGUCCGUGUCUCCGGCCGUCAUCUCCCUCUCUCCGUCUCUGUCGGAGCAGCCCUUCCCAGCAUCCUCUGCUGCUCCGGCGCGGAAGGGAGUCGGAGGCAAGAAGGGCAGCAAGAAGAAGAAGGACCCGAACGAGCCGCAGAAGCCCGUGUCUGCGUACGCCCUCUUCUUCAGAGACACGCAGGCCGCCAUCAAGGGCCAGAACCCCAACGCCACCUUCGGAGAGGUGUCCAAGAUCGUGGCGUCCAUGUGGGACAGUCUGGGAGAGGAGCAGAAACAGGUGUACAAGAGGAAGACCGAAGCUGCCAAGAAGGAGUAUCUGAAAGCCCUCGCGGCGUAUAAAGCCAAUCAGGUGUCUCAGCCGACGAUUGAAGUGUUAGACGCUCCGGUGUCUCCUGAACCAGCUCCGCCCAUCACACCGCCUCGCUCCGCCCGCAUCCCGCUGCACGCCCCCGACAACAACACCAUCACCAACAUCUGCACCUCCAACAUCAUCCUGGACCUGCCGCAGGUGACCACACGCUCACGCACCGGCGCGCACAAGCCCCAGGCCCCGCCCCCGGCCACGCCCCCCAUCAACAAGCUCAUCAUCUCCAAGCAGCAGCUGCAGUCGCCACGGCAACCCCCGCCGCUGCAGCAGAUGCAGAACACGCCCCCUCCUCCCCGCCUGCAGCAGAUGCUGCACUCCCCGGCUCCGCCCCCUCUGCAGGCCAAACCGCGGGUGAUCGCCACGGCGACGCCGCCUCCUCCGCUGCAGAUCAAGAUCGUCCCGGUCGUGCAGAAGCGGCGCCAGCGCACCGAUCAUCGUAACCACCACCGCAGAGUCGCCGCCGCUGGUGCCGCCCCCGCUGCCAUAGUAACGGACCUGUCACUGACGGCAACCGAGGAGGCCGCUGAAGAAGGGAUGGAGGUGGAGGUGAACGUGUCUCCGGCUCCAGAUGCUCCUCCCGGAGACGCUCCCAGUGUGUGUGUUCGUGCCGGCUGCAACAACCCCCCCAUAGAGAGCAAAGACUGGGACCGAGAGUACUGCAGCAAUGAGUGUGUGGCCACGCACUGCAGGGAUGUGUUCAUGGCCUGGUGCGCCAUCAGAGGACAAAACUCCACCACCGUCACGUAGAAACACACCUGUGUGUGUGUGUGUGUGUGUGUGUGGACCCUGAACCCUCAGCGUGAAUAAGAUCAGCAGGAAAACCCACCGGAGCGUCACGCUGUUAAACGCUGCUUCACACACACGGACUGACAGAGGAAAGCAGCGGGAAACUAAAAGGAUUUCUAAAAAAUGAUGAAAAAAAAAAUUAGGUUGGAAAAAAUGAAUAUUUAAAGAGAUCUCAAUAAUAUAACUGUAUAUGAACGUUUCUUUUGAUCGGGUGUGUGAGUGUGUGUGUGUGUGUGUGUGUGUGAGAGUGACUGAGUGAGUGUGUGUGUGUGAGAGUGUGUGUGUGUGAGAGUGUGUGUGUGUGAGAGAGUGUGUGUGAGAGAGUGUGUGUGUGUGUGUGUGAGAGAGAGGAAAUCAGCACUAAACCUGUUCUUAAGCUGAUGAAGCACAGACCGUUUUAAGAUCAUGACGUCACUCGUGUGAAUCUUCCUGAUUUCAAACAUCGCCGCGGUGACCAGAUUUCACGGCCAAAAUUCUGCUGUUGCCAUGGUUACUGCCACGGUGGAACGGCGGCAACCGACGGCCGCAAAACCAAAACGGAUUCAGCGAAAGCGGCUCUCUUGGACGCCGUGUUGAUUGUGAUUUCUAUUAUGCUAACAAUUGUAGAAUAUAUUUAAUUGACCCGGAUGCGCUCCGGCUCCCUGGGAAUGGACCCCGUGACCUUCGUGGCAGAGCUGAGAAAGUCACCGAGGUUUUUCUAAAGGAGCCUUUUAAUACCUUUUACAUUCUCAGAUCUUACUGGGGAACAAAAAAAAGAUUUUAUAUUGGGGAAAUGUACAGAAACAGACGUAUUUUAACUGCUCAUGAAAAUGUGAUUUUCUUUGAUUUUUCUUCACUUCUACUUUUUGGACUUCAAGAUGGAGUUCAAUAAAACAGUCAUAUGGAAAAAAUGGUGACGUGUUUUUUUAUAUUUGCUUCAUCUUUUGUUGGGUUGAUUCUUCAACUAUGACUUUUCUAUCCUUUACAGUGAUUUUAAUAAAACUUUGUGUCCUUCAGUAUGA